CCAUCGGUGGGGGGCGGGGACCCCAGGGACGCGCGGGCAGCGUGAGCUGGCGGGAGGAGCAGCGCCGGGGCUCAGCCAGCCGGGGCCACCCCGCUCCCGGCCUGCUCCGGGGAGGCCCUGGGGCCGGGGUCGGGGCGGCGGGGUGCGGGGUGCAGGGUGCAGGGGGUGGCGUGCUCCUGAUGACCGAGUCCCCCGGCAGGUUCCGGGGUGCAGCCGGCGCCGCGAGGCCGGGAGAAGCGGGGAGACGCCGGGCGUCAGGCCCAGCGCCGGCCGGUGUUCGGGUCCGCCGCGCGCCCAGCCCGGCCGCUCCCGGUGCACGGAGCGGAGCCGCGAACGGCUCCCCGCGGGCCCCGCACCCCCCAGUCCCGGAUUAGUGGCUCCCCCGGGCCCUCCCAGCGCCCUCCUCCCGGAGGCCGCCUCUGCCCGGCAGGGCGGACCCCGCGUUUUGAGCCUGGUCUGUGCGCUUUCUCCCGCGCGCCUUCACCGCUCGCGGCUCUCCUGCGUCUGCAGUCACCUGUUGACGCCGACUCAGCCCCGCGGACUCAGCCCGGUUUGGACACCCCGUCCUGCCCUGCGGUGGGUGUCCCCGCCCCCAGCUCCGGGCCUGCACGCGGGUGGCCCGCAGGGUCCCCAGGAGGGGAAGGGCUCAGCCGCGUGUGCCACGCAGCAGGGGUCCACCCGGCGGUCGGUGGGAUUGUUAUGCGUCCGCACCCCCACCGUGAGUUGGGGGCUGUGACUGAGCCCAAUUUUUCAGAAGGGGAGAUGGGCACAGACAGGCUGAGACCCCGGCUUGGGUCACACAGCCAGAUAACAGUAGCUGGGUUCUAACUGGCCCCACAGGACCCCAAAGCCCGAGCUCUUGGAUUCAGGACUAGGUCCGGUCCGGGCUGGACUACACUAGACUUGGGGACCAGAGGUGACCCAUGCACCUGGUUCUCCCGACUAAGGGCAGAAGCACGAGGCGCGCCCCCUGGCGGCUAGUGCUGGGACUGCUGGUCCCGCCUCCAGCCAGGCCCUCCCACGGGUUCUCUGCUCCCUCAGUUCUCCUGACCCCUGCACAACUGCUUUCUGCGGGGUUCCCCGCCCUGUCUCCUGUCUCAGAUCAAACCACAGGGGUCCCCCGCCCGCACAGUGGCACAUGUGAUUUGUAUCCAGAGCCAAGCUGUGAAAAAAGGCUGAGGUGGUGCCUGUCUAGAAUCCUAGCCUUCAGGAGGCUGAGGCAGGAGCGUCCCGAGGUGAAGCCUAGCCUGGCCUAUCUAGUGAGACCUUAGCUCAAAAAGAAAAGCAAAUCAACCCCAGGGGUGGGAGGGCGUAGUGCAGAGGUAGAGCAUUCGUCCAUCAUGUGUGGGGCCCCAGGUUUGGCCAUCACCACUGCAGAAUCAAAUUUAAAAAAAACUCCAAGUCACUACCACCAGCCACAAAGCCAGCCACUUCUUAAAUUUAAUGAGAGGGUUAAACUUUUGAAUUGAAUAUUACCAGGCAUUUGAUUGUACUAGGAAAAAUUAUUAAUGUGCUAAUAUUAACAUGAUAAUGGUAUUGCAAUGACUACAUUUAAAAGUGGUAUCAUUGAGGUAUAAUUUAUUCAUUAAAGUAUAAUUUACAUAAUCACUGCACUUUAGGUGUAGAAUUCAAAAAAUCUGGACAAAUGCAUGGCACUGUGAAACCCUGUGGCUACAGUUAGUUUUGUUUCAUUUGAGACAGGGCCUGGUUAUUGAGUAGCCCUAGGAUGGAUGUAAACUUGAGAUCCUCCUGCCUCAGCCUCCCAGAGUGCUGGGAUUUCAGGCCUGCGUCACCAUGUCCAGCCUGAAAAAAUCCAAUCACACAGGAAGGAAGGGGGGACACAGAUAUGAGUGAAACCGAUUAGACCAGGAGAUGAAGCCCGAUGGGGCUGGCUGCGAGGUGGAUCCCCAGGUCCCCACGCCUUUGGCGUGCUUACAUUUUCAUAAGAGAACAUUUUCGAGUAUAUUUUCUGGGCUGGAUGUCACGGCGCACACACUUGUAAUUCCGGCUACUUGGAAGGCUGUGGCGGGAGAAUCUAUGUGAGUUCGAGGCCAGCCCAUACAAAGCGAGACCUUGUCUCAAAAAACAAAACAAAACACAAAAUAAGUGCUGGGCAUGUAGCUUAGUGCCAAGUAGCUGGGUUCAAUAUCUAGAAUCAGAAAAAAGAAGAAGAAGAAGAAGAAGAAGAAGAAGAAGAAGAAGAAGAAGAAGAAGAAGAAGAAGAAGAAGAAGAAGAAGAUAUCCCGGAGGCCUUCCCCGGCUCUCUCGCUAGGCCUGUCCGGGUCUGAGAUUCUGUCCGGGUCCACCUUCCCACUGGGAAGUGAACCCGGCCAGCAGGGCCUCCCCUGCCUUCUCCACGCCUGGGCCUGGCCUCGCCCCGCAAGUCCUUCGUCCAGACUGUCGCCAUGGAGGGGGCACAGAGCGAGCCCUUCUACAGGGUCAGUCCUCUGCUGCAGAGCUGGGCGCUGUCCCAGGUGGCCGGCACCACCGUCUUCCUCAAGUGCGAGAACGUGCAGCCCAGCGGCUCCUUCAAGAUCCGCGGCAUCGGGCACUUCUGCCAGGAGAUGGCCCGGAAGGGGUACCGACACCUCGUGUGCUCCUCAGGAGGCAACGCGGGCAUUGCAGCUGCCUACAGUGCCCGGAGGCUGGGCCUCCCGGCCACCAUCGUGCUGCCCGAGGCCACCUCCCAGCAGGUGGUGAGGAGGCUGCAGGGUGAGGGUGCCGAGGUGCUGCUGGCUGGAAAGGUCUGGGAUGAUGCCAACCUGAGGGCUGAGGAGCUGGCUCAGAGGGACGGCUGGGUGAAUGUGCCCCCAUUUGACCACCCUCUGAUAUGGGAAGGCAACGCCAGCCUGGUGCGCGAGCUGCAGGCCAGCCUGGGGGCCCCGCCGGGUGCCGUGGUGCUGGCCGUGGGCGGCGGGGGGCUCCUGGCCGGGGUGGCGGCUGGCCUGCUGGAGGUGGGCUGGCAGCACGUGCCCAUCAUCGCCAUGGAGACCCGCGGGGCGCACAGCUUCCACGCGGCGCUGGAGGCCGGCCGGCUGGUCACGCUGCCGGACAUCACCAGCGUGGCCAAGAGCCUGGGAGCCAAGACGGUGACCGCGCAGGCCCUGGUGUGCGCGCGGCAGUGCCACAUCCUGUCCCAGGUGGUGGAGGACGCGGAGGCCGUGAGCGCCGUGCAGCGGUUCCUGGAUGACGAGCGCAUGCUGGUGGAGCCCGCCUGCGGGGCGGCCCUGGCUGCCAUCUACUCCGGCCUCGUGGGGCAGCUGCAGGCUGAGGGCCGCCUGUGCCCCUCGCUGGCUUCCAUCGUGGUCAUUGUGUGUGGAGGAAACAACAUCAACAGCCAGCAGCUGCAGGCUCUGCAGACCCAGCUGGGCCAGAGCGGAGGCUCCCGAGCUGUAUGACUCUCCCGCGGCGGCCGAGGGGCCUCGGGUCUGCAGAUGGCAGUGGCCGUGUGUGUGCACCCGUGAAGCCUCCUCCUGUGGGAAGCCCUCCAGGCCCGCUACCUGUGGCUCCCUGCAGUCCUGCUAAUAAAAGUGACUCAAGGUUUCACGGUGCAGGAACCUGGGUAUGGCAGUGGCAACCUGUAAUCCUAGAACUUGGGAGGCUGAGGCAAGAGGAUUACUGAGCUAGAGAUUGACAAACAAGACUUGGCCUCAAAAAAUAAAAUAAACGAAAAUACCGAAAUGAAACAAAA